UCUUCCCUGAAGAAAGAAAGAAGCUCUCCUCUCUCCAUCGGUACAACAAGAUCGAGAUGAUGCCUGCAAUGGGAAAGGAUAUACACUUCGGAUCAUCAAUUGGUGGCGCUGGUGGCACGAACACCGCUAAUGGUGGUAAUGGUGGCAGUAUUGGUGCUCCUGCCCCGCGGGCCGACUCUUGCGCCAAGCCGCAGCAGGAGCUACCAUCGCUGACACAUCAGUAUGCGGAACAAUACGUGUAUGCAUACCCAGCACCACCGGCAUACGGCGGCCCUCCAAAGCCCCCGCCGGCGUAUCGCUAUGGCUAUGGGUAUGGUGGAGGCGGUUCUGGUGGGUACGGCUACGGCUACAGCUGCCCCGAGCCCGAUGGUAUUUGGGAUGAACCUGCUGGGGCAUACGGCGGCGGCAGAUACCACCCACCACAGCCGCCGUAUUAUCAUGGCGGCGGUCGUGGUGGGUACCCUUCUCCUCAGUUUGGUCGGGGAGCUGGUGCUGGUGGCUACUAUAGCUACCACGCCGGCGGCGGCGGCGGUGGCGGCUGUGGCUAUCCUCCGGCUGCAGGAGGAGGCGGCGGCGGCGGUCAUGGGGUCAGCAACGCCUACGGAGGGCCGCCGCAGCAGAAGCCGCACGUGAGUGCGGGGUGGCUAGCCGCCGGAGCUGCUACCGCCUAUGGAGCGUACCAGCACCACAUGCGCAAACACCACGGAGGAGGAGGACAUGGGUACAGGCAUGGGCAGGGAGGAGGAUACGACGACGGCUGUAGUUGUGGCGGCGAUGGUUACGGUUAUGGCUGCCGUGGCUGUGCCCCCCAUAUGCAUAUGCGAGGCGAGUUCGAGCACCAAGAGAGCACCAAUAUCAAGUACUCUGCUCAUCACGACGGCAAGUGCAAUGACGCCGCCAGCGGCCCGCCCGUUACAGUGUUGGACAAAUGCGCCAGCCAGCCAACAAGCGGGGUUUAAUAUGGACGGAUUCCAAGCUCAUCACUGUACGGUAUGUACACUACUCGAUGAGCCUCGAUCAUCAGACCAGAUGGAUGCCUUAUAUUGAAUAACUCAUCCUUCCUUCACGUCCUAAACAUUACAGAUACGUAUCUUGUGUUAGGGAAUAAAACUUUUAUGUAAUGUAAGCCAGGAGGCUGCCAAACGGCGCCCUAGCAGUUUGUGUACGAGCGCUACUGUGGCCGAGCGAGCCAUCACAUGGUUUGUCAUGCUAAUAAGCACAGGGAACUGAAUGACGACCUUAUAUUGAUUGA